UGAAUACACAAUUUCAGGAACCAAAUUGACACCCAAGGAUGAAAGUAGAUGACACUACAACUUCAAGGACCAAAUAUACUAUUCACUCUUUUUUGUUCCCUUUAUUUGUUUUUGGCCAUUGAUAACAUAUUAACAUCCAAUAAAAGUUGUGCUUCAUUCAACGAAACGGUGAGCAAUUCAUGAUUCAUCGAUAACCCUCUUUGCUUCUCCAUCGUUGUUGUUCAUCAAACACAGAUUUUUAUCCAAAUCAUCAUCGAUUGCAUCAAAUUUCACAGAGAACAACGUCAUUAGGUUUAUCUCUCGUUCUUCUUUCCUCUGUUGUUCCUUAGUUGAUGUAAUUCUCUUGAAGAAUUUUGAGAGAGUGUGGACAUUGAUUUUUAGGGUUUUGUUUCGGGAUCAUAUUGUACGAAUCGAUUGGGGGUUUGAUUCAAUCAACUUCAUCGCUUGCAAAUUUUCACUCUAUUAUCAUAUGAAUUCACCUGUAGGUAGCUUUUGCUUUAGGAUUUCUCGGUUUGUAGGAUCUGGUCUAGGAUUUGAUUGGUUUUUAUGGUUUCAUAUGAAUUUACAUGAACUUUUACUUUAUAGGGUAUUGGAAUUUUUUCAAGGUUGAUUUUCAUCUGAAGAUUUCAGGGGAAAGUUAGGUAAUGGCAUGUUAUUGUAUGCCAAUUUGAUGACACUUAGGUAAUGAAACUUAGGUCAUGACACAUGUGCUCAAUGAUUACAAAGGCAGAGAAAAAAGUUGGUAUUUUUACAUGAAGUAGCAAGGAUGCAAGCUUAAUGUUGGCUAGUUUAAAUUGGCCUGGAAGUUUUACAUUUUCAUUAUCAGUUAAACUGUUUUAGAUAAAAUGACUUAGGAGCAUUCACAUUUUAGAAUUUGCUUUUGAGUUAUUAUCAGUUUGUGUUCUAACUUCUAAGCAGGGUUUUGUUGUGGAUGACUUCUGGUCUGAAAUUCAUAUUUUUUUGUUUGUGAUCUGUACUCUUUAUUAGGGCAUUAAUUGUUAAUAUACAACACUACAUUCUUUUUGUAAGUUUUAAAUGACAUCAUAUAUCAGAACGAAAUAAACUCAGUCAGACUUUAAAUUUAACUGCAUCAUCUGAAAAUCUUUUUAGCUUGCUUGUCAAACAGUGAGUUGCUGUAAGCUACACCAUUUCUCUUGGCUGUUAUCUAAUGGAUAAGGGACCACCUCAUAGCCUUUUUGUUAAUGAUGGUUCGUUCAUGGCGAGGUUCAAGCAGCUUCAACAAGAGCAGGGGAAGGGGAAGAAUACCAAAUUAGAGGAUUCUAAACCAAUUAAAGUUGUUUCUAGACCGCUGACUCCUAAUCCUUCCAUUGGUAAGGCUACUGAUGCACGAAAAACUUCCCAGGCUGGUUCUAGUGGCAAACUUGCUUUCAGUUUAAAGCAAAAAUCAAAGCUAGUUCCACCCCCUAUUAAGUUGACUGAUGAGGAUGAAGAAGAAACUAAUGCCGGGGAUGUUUCAAAUGACGCACCGUCGAAACGGCAAAAGUUGGGUCAGGAUGAUGAUGCUGAGCAAUCAUCAAGACCACUUGAUGUUGCACCUCCUUCACCUAGUGAUCCUACUGUGAAGAAAGUUGCUGACAAACUAGCAAGUUUUGUGGCAAAAAACGGAAGGCAAUUUGAGGAUGUUACACGCCAAAAAAAUCCUGGCGAUACACCUUUCAAGUUUUUAUUUGAUGAACGAUGUGCUGACUACAAAUAUUAUGAAUAUAGGCUCGGACAAGAGGAAAAGACCCUUUUGCAGUAUAGGGAACCACAGGCAAUUCAUUAUGUUCCGCCACUGGGUACAAGCAUAUCGUCUUCCAGACCAGCAAAUGGUCCUCAGAGGUCUUCUGAGCAGCGGCCAACUUACCAAAUCCCUGCUUCUGCUUUAUAUGAAAGUGGUGAUGUACCAAGAACUUCGGGAUCUUCAGUGCAAGCAUUAUCAGUUGUAAGCUCUGCUGAGCCCAGUGGAUCAUCAAAUGCUGAUUCUUUAGCACUAAUGGAGUUCUACAUGAAGAAAGCUGCACGGGAAGAAAGGUCAAAACAACCUAAGCAGUCAAAAGAUGAGAUGCCCCCUCCUGCUUCUCUUCAAGGGAAGAAAGGCCAUCAUAUGGGUGAUUAUAUUCCCCUUGAAGAACUUGAGAAGUUCAUGGCUAGCUGUAAUGAUGCUGGAGCACAGAAAGUUUUGAAGGAGACUGCAGAGAAGGCCAAAAUCCAGGCGGAUAAUGUGGGCCACAAGCUUCUAUCAAAAAUGGGUUGGAAAGAAGGUGAGGGUUUAGGCGGCUCCAGGAAGGGUAUUUCGGAUCCUAUCAUGGCGGGAAAUGUUAAGAAAGAUCACUUGGGAGUAGGUGCUGUCCAACCUGGGGAGGUGACUUCUGAAGAUGACAUAUAUGAGCAGUACAAAAAGCGCAUGAUGCUUGGCUACCGUCACAGACCCAAUCCUCUGAACAAUCCUCGCAAGGCGUAUUACUGAACAUCACGAAUGAAGCCUUGUGCCAUGUUCAUUGUUGGAGAUAUGGAUUGAUGUGGUAAUAGGCUAACAGGAUUUUGUAAACAUUUAUGUUUUAUGAUAGGUUUUGCAUAUGUUGAACAUGAUAUUUUUCUUGUAUUAUUGGAGGGUAGGGAUAUGGUUGUGGUUUAUCGACCACAAGUUAGCAAACGAAGGUAAUGUUUUCACUGUUGGGCUUCGGAAUAUGUUAUCUUUCACUGGCACUCUUGAGCCUGAAAGCUUGUUCAUUUCAAGUUGCUUAGCAAUUUUUCGACUUAGCUAUUGCGCGGUGCGCUUUGAUAUUCUAGUCACUCCAAUAAUAUUCGGUUGUUAACUUCU